AUGUGCCGCGUCGUACUGCUCAACGAGACCCAGUACGUCGAUCAUCAGUUGGGAGCGGGGCUCCCAAGUAUCCCAAGGACGGGGAAUAACCGCGCCACCGGACGAUGUAACUCGUCCGACGUCCGUUUACAUCGCGGUGGUUCAACAGCUGCUCAACCAGAUAGCGCUGGCCACCGCGAGAGUCCUCCAAUGGAGGUGGAGGAGAAGGGAAGACGCUCUCCACACGAACGUGGAGAUCCGUGUGUUCCCGAGAGCUUCUUUGAUCGCGUAACGCAAGGGUUACGCGGCGACCUCGAGCAUGAGCGGGACAGGCGUCUUCAACUGGCGGACACUGUCUCAAAGUAUAGAGCUGAGUAUGCCUUUGCUCAGCUUGAGAACGAGAGAGCUUUGACAUCUCUUCGUGACGAGCUAAGGGUAGCUCGUGUGGAUAUUGACCGGUCUCGGGCUGAAAUAACUGCUCUUCAGACCCUUGUCGAUAUCCACCAUCGUAAGCACAAGGCCCUCUGUGAGAUGCUUGAACGCAAGGGCGUUCUUCAUCGGAAGAAACAGCGUACAGAUGGUACGGCUUAA